AUGGAUGUUGCCUCCCGGACUAUCUCCAAUGGGGACGUGCUGGGGUACGCUCUGGGGUGCACGCCUGUGGUGAUCUGCAUGAAGGUGGCGCACUUGUCUCAUGCCAAGCUCCUGGCCGUUGUGUGGGGGGUGUCAUCUCGGCAGAUCCCUCCCUGGUUCUGUGUUGUUCCUGUGCAGGAUGUGGCAGUGUAUAACCCUCAUAAUCCGUCAUCCAUCCAGGUGGUCGCCCCGCCCUCCGUGGACGGGCACCACUACUCUGCCCAAAACUUUUCACUGCUCACUAGCGGGCGCGCCCCUGGUGGCCAGAUCAGCUCUAACCUAAUCCCUAUGCUCCUCUUCUUCUCCUCCUACAGCUCUGAGGAAGCUCUAACCGUGUACCUGUGCUCCUCCUGCAGCUCUGAGGAGGCUCUAACCUUGUUCCUGUGCUCCUCCGGCAGUUCUGAGGAGGCUCUAAUCUUGUUCCUCUGCACCUUCUUUGCGCCUCCUCUGCUCCUCCUGCAGCUCUGA